AUGGAUAAGCGUGAAGCUGCUGCUGCUGCUGCUGCUGCUGCUGCUGAUGGUGGUGCAGCAACAGCAGCAGCAGCAAAAGGAACACCAGCAGCAGCAACAGCAACUGGCAGCAGCCAGGACCCUCCAACAACAGCAGCAAAUCCAGCAUCAUCAGCAGCACCACCACCAGCAGCAGCAGCACCACCACCACCAGCAGCAGCAGCACCAGCAGCAGCAGGAGCAGCAGGAGCAGCAGCAGCAGCAGACAGCGACGCUUAUUUAUUUCGUUCUGGUGUGGGUUGUUAUGAGUCUCCUUCUUUAGCAUUGACAUCUAAUUUAGGAAUGCUGCGCGCUUUUGCUGCAGUGUAUGCUCGCCUUUGCUGCCGAUUGCAUGCGCUGGAUAGGCUUGCUGCUGCAGCAGGAAUACAAAAAAAAAAAAACAAAAAAAAUAUAUUUAAUGAUCCUUUCUUUCGGUUUACUCCUUAUCAUAUAGACAGAGAAAGGCUCAGGCCCACCGUAGACAAAUUCAUGCAGCAGCAUCAGCAGCAGCAGCAGCAGCAGCAGCAGCAGCAGCAUCAGCAGCAGCAGCAGCAGCAGCAGCAGGAGAAGCAGGAGAAGCAAGAGAAGCAGGAGAAGCAGGAACAGCAGCAGCAGCAGAAGGAAGAGAACAAGCAGCAGCGCGAAAAAAAGCAGCAGCAGCAACAGCAGCAACAGCAGCAGCCGCUGCAGCAGCAGGAAGAGCUGCAGCAGCAGCAGCAGCAGCAGCAGCAGCAGCAGCUCAUCGAUGAAAGAGAAGAAGAAAUUGCUGCUGAUGCAGCAGAAUGCUGGGGGGUAGAUAACACAUGCAUUAGAGAGCUAGUUGCAUGGAGGGGUACUCCCCCUCCUGCUGCUGCUGCUGCUGCUGCUGCUGCUGCUGCUGCUGCUGCUGCUGCUGCUCCCCCUCCUGCUGCUGCUGAUGAUGAUGAUGAUGAUGAUGGUGAUGAGGAGGAGGAGGAGGAGGAGGACGAGAGCAGCAGCAGCAGCAGCAGCAGCAGCAGCAGCAGCAGCAGCCGCAGCAGAAAACCAAAGUCUGUGCAAGAGAGGCUGCUGCGGUGGCUGCCUGAUGCAGCAGAUGAGCUGCCUGGAGAUGCAGAAACAAAAGCAGAUCAGACAAAAAAGAAGAAAUCUAUCAAGCUGCUGCUGCUGCUGCAGCAAAAGCAGAUGCACUUGUUGCUGCUGCUGCUGCUGCUGCUGCAGCAGCAACAGAAAAACAUGCAGCUGCUGCAGCAGAGAAACAGAGUGGGGGUAGUGCUGCUGCUCGAGCAGCAGCAGCAGCAGCAACAGCAGCAGCAGCAGCAGCAGAUUCGGAUCAUGCUGCAGCAGCAGCAGCAGCAAGAGAAGCAUUGGAUGCAUCAGCAGCAGCAGCAGCAGCAGCAGCAGAAUAUGCAGCAGCAGAAGCUGAAAUAA